CCUUACCAUCCAUUUUGGAAACGUCGACGUAGAUAUGGCUGCAGCUGACAUCACCGCAUUGUGGCACGCAGCUGCUCCGCCUCCACCGCCGCCUCCCACCGCUCGCGACACCACCACCCCACCACGAGCGUCACGCAUCGCUCUGGGCCAGGUGUUGGACUCGUUUACCAAUCGAUCCUCGCCCAAGGCCAGCGGCGCAUUGGGAAAGCUCUCCUCCUCCUCCUGCUCAUCGUCGUCCUCGCUAAGCUACCACGCCGACUCGCGCGGGGAUGCAUUGCCUGCGGAUACGUUUAGUCCCGAGCCGGCGCGACCGAGGUCGAGGAGUAGCGCGCAGGGAGCAGGAGCAUACGGAGACGCUUCGCCCGCGCCUACUUCGCCCGCGCCAGCUCCUCCUCGAGCUCACUCCCCUAUGAUGCCUCAGGCUACAGUGGCAGGGCACUACUCGCCUGCUCCGGCGCCCGCUCCUACGCCUGCUGCUCAUCAUCAGCAACCCUACGCAGCGCCGAAUCACCAAGUCCCCUGGCCUAGCGCGCACGCGUAUAGCCCCGCCCUUCACCACGCCUACCCUCAAACCUACUCGCACGCUCAACCACACGCAGGGCCGAGCUACCACGCAUCAUCGCCUUCCAUGCCAACAGCUCUGCCGCCGAGCCCCAUCCCGCCGCCGCCACGCAGUCGCUCUCCUCGCCCCGUGACCAUGUCCCUGCCUAGCGCUGCGGCUCCGGGCCAGUCGACUGCGAUCCCGCCCAUGCCGCCUCCACGCACUCGCAUGGGCAGCGUGGCAUCCACCACGUCCACGUCGCAUUGGUCCUCCCCGUCCUCCACCAGCCCGCCCCUCUCGCCCUCACGUACACGCACGGUCAGGCGCAGUCUACCUCAACCGCCCGGCCCUGCUGCGCCUUUUCAUCCACCCAGUGCUGUUCCCGGCUCCCCUCAUGCUGCGCCCGUCUUGCCUCGUGCUGAGCAACCUGUUCAGCCGCAGAUGGGCAGCCCGCCCACGGCGUCCACGGCGGCCACGGCGGCCACGGCGGCCACGGCGGCCAUGGCGCCCGCAUCCCCGCCUCCCCCCUUGCGAUCCCACACCGCCUCGAACGCUUCGUCGACAUCUACUCUGGGUCGAUCGGAAAGUGUCCGCCUCGCCGCAGAGGAGCUCAUGGCUCGCGGCCCUCCACGUCGCGGCGGUGCGCGCAAUCGAUUCGCGCCUCGAGGCCCCUCGCCGCUAGCGACGCCGAUGCAGGGGAGCAGUAGCGUGCCCGAGGCUGUGGGUGUCGCAGCGUCAGGUAGCGAGCAGGGUCAAGCCGUCCAGAGUAGCCAGAGCGAGCCUGCGCGGAUGCGGAUGCGCACGAUGGCCGAGAAGCAGCAGCACGACGGGGAGGAGGAGGCGAGCGAUGGCAUUACAUCGCUGAGCGGGGCCUUCGAACGGCACGCUCAGGUUGCAGACUUGCCCACCAGUCCUAGAAAGGCGCAAUCCUCCCCCUCCGUCCUUCCGACCCCGCCAGUCGACCCCGUGUCCCGCCCCUCAUCGCGUGGAGCAAGGGAUCAGGUACUUCGCAAUGCGGGCCAAGUUCCUGCCCCAUACAUCGCAGUCGCUCCGCCGCAAGCGCAGGAAGUGGUGCAACCAGCCGUCGUAAUCUCGCCAGGCCACUCCCUAGCCCCAGCAUCGACCAUCCCUCGUUUCUUCUCUCCCCCGCCAAACGUAGCCCCUCCCGUCGAUCCGACGCUCAGGAGCGGGACGCCUGCGCCGAUGGCCGCUAGCACGCCGAGCUUCUCCUUUUCGCCCGCCGAGGCUCCCCCUGCGCCAGCGCCUGCGCAAGUUCUGCCGCCGCCUCCGCCUACGUUUGCAUUCUCUGGGCCGGACGAGCAGGCGAAUACGGCGGGCGUGCCUAGCUUCUCAUUCUCUGGUCCCGAGGGGGAUGAGGAUGGAGCGUCAGGCCCAACGAACGACGCCCCACCAGCUAUCAGCGUCAAUGUCUGUGCGCCGGACGAGGAGGACCUCCCUCCCUCGACGACCCACUCGCGCUCCGUCUCAGCUACGUCGAACCAAUCGCACGUCUCGCUCCAUUCCGACCAAGGGCAGGCGCAACGCGCUACGGCAACCACAACGGGCGAAGUAGCUGCGCACGCGCACGCAAACGCGCACGCGCACUCUCCUCACGUCCCUCGCGGCGGCCCCAUCCAAUCCGCCUCCUCCAUCGCUGGCCUCACUUGCUCCUCCCCCACCUGCGGAAAGUACAUAGCCGGUCGCGUCCUCUCCGCUGGCCCUACAUUGGGGUACUACCACCCGCCUUGCUUCAAAUGCUCGCACUGCCACCUCUCCUUGGAACACGUGGCCUUCUACGAGCACGAAGGGAAAGCGUACUGUCAUUUGGACUACUACGAGUUGUGGGCAAGGCGUUGUUUCCACUGUAGGACGCCGAUUGUUGACGAGCGAUUCAUCAAGGUCGAGGAUGGGGCCUUCGCUGGCGCGGGCGCCAAAGGGGAGGAAGGAGGAGGAGGGGGUACGACGAGAUAUUACCACGACUUGCACUUCUUCUGUGCCAAUUGCGGCGACCCUUUCCUCGAUCCGAAGGCAGCAGCCGCGGGAGCAGCGGCGGGGACAGCGGCGAGCUGUAAGCCCUACCUCGUCCAUCAGGGCUACCCGUACUGCUCGCCUUGUCAUGAGCGGUUGCAUCUCCCGCACUGCAGGGGUUGUAGUGGGGUGAUUAGGCCGGAGGAGGAGAUGUUGACGUUUAACCCAGGGAGGUGCAAGAAGCCUGCGAACAAGGUGGCGGGCAGGGGCAUCGCGGCACCACGCGGGGAUAAGUGGCAUGAGCGAUGCUUGCGCUGCUCGCGAUGUGGGGGUUCGUUUGCUGAUGGGGAGGGGCAAGGAGGGGGGAGCAUCUUCGUCAAUGAGGAGGGAGAGGUAUUCGAUGGAGACUGCUACGCCAUCUGGUUGCGAGGGCAGGUCUAAGCGUGCGGCGGGGUUGUGUUCGCAUUUGUGUUCGUUGUCGUGUCCGCCUUCGUUUUCGCCUUCUGUAUCAUCGCCUUCAUCGAGGCCCUCCCCGUCUGUUAAAUAGUAAAUCGCGAUUCUCUCCAUCUAC